AUGGCAGCAUCCGAACCGACUUUGCUAGAAGACACUCUAUACAACAUCUCAAAUCCGGAGCACGACGUUUACGGUCGCUAUUUGAACGCUGAGUCGGUUAAGCGAUUGCUGCUACCAACUUCGAAAGCCACUGAAGCUACGUUGGAAUGGCUUACUACAUCAGGCGUAAGCCUUGAAACGAUUGUCGACGACGGGGAUUGGAUCAAGUUCGAAGCACCGCUCCACGUCGCCAAUCGAAUGCUAGAGGCGAAUUUUCAGGUUUAUCAGAGUCUCAAGGGCACGAGAGCUGUGCGAACGCUAGCGUAUUCUGUUCCGGCUUCACUUUAUGACCACGUCGACAUGAUACACCCAACUGUACGCUUUUCUGAUAUAAAAGAAUGGCGUAUUCCCGACGACAAUCUGGAUGGGAGCCAGUCGACUGCAGCUUCAGUCACCAAUGAAUGUGAUCCCCGGUCUAUCACGCCAGCUUGUCUGCGAGAAUUGUACAAUAUCCCGACUACCGACUCGGCAGAUAAUACAACUACUGGAUUCUUGGCUUUCGCGAAUUUUUUUGGCGAAUAUCCGCGGUACGAGGAUGUAACAUCAUUCGUGAACAAUUGGUUUCCCGUGGCGACUGGUUUUAACUGGACCGGUGAGAGCAUUGCCAAUGGAAGCAUUGACCAGGAAACACCAAAGAAAAGCUACGAGGCUAACCUGGAUGUUCAAUCAAUGCUCUCGAUGGCGUGGCCGUUGCGUAUACACGCGUACUCCACAGGCGGUUUAGGAGAGUUCGUGCCUAGCAUCGAUCAGCCAACGGAGGCAUCCAACCAGAAUGAACCUUUUCUCGAUCUUUUGUCUCAUUUAUUAGCCAAUGACGACAAUGAAUUGCCGCAUACAAUAUCGAUCUCUUACGGGGAGGUCGAACAGUCGGUGCCCUUGCGAUAUCGUAAGAGAGUAUGUGGCAUGUUAGGUCAACUCGGACUCCGGGGAGUGUCAGUGUUGAUCGCAUCUGGAGAUUUCGGACCAGGCAAUAGCUGUCAAACGAAUGACGACGACAAAAGAGCCACGUUCGAAGCCAUUUUCCCGGCGGCCUGUCCAUACGUCACGUCUGUGGGUGCUACAGCAGGUACGAGCCCCGAAGAGGGCGCUUCAUUCUCAUCCGGGGGUUUCUCACAAACAUGGACUCAACCUGAGUAUCAGAAGAGAGCGGUGUCGGGCUUUCUCUCGAAGAAUGGCAACUCGUGGCGUGGGUUGUUCAAUCCCGAUGGACGAGGAUUUCCGGACGUCGCUGCACAGGGGACCAAUAUCAGUUUCGUCGAUGAAGGCAACAGAACGCAGUUCGAUGGAACUUCAGCUUCUGCGCCAAUUUUUGCUGGAGUGAUUGGGCUUCUGAAUGCGCAAAGACUCACUUCAGGAAAGCGUCCGCUUGGCUUUUUGAAUCCGUGGAUCUACAGAUACGGAUAUGAUGGAUUCACUGAUAUCACAAGAGGCGGUUCGCGAGGUUGUACAGGCGUAACUGCGACUGGGCGAAAUGGUACUUAUGUACCUUUCGCAUCGUGGUGA